AUGGGCUCCAUCCCUCCUCCCCAUGACGCCCAAGUGCACGCCCGCUGGACGCAACAGCGCGGCACGCGGCCCGUGCGCAUCGGCAACGCAUCCGGCGCCCGUGGCGACCCGGCCUACCAGAUGCACCGGCAAUGCACGCUGGGCGACAUCGACUUCAUCACCGGCGACUAUCUGGCGGAGAUGAACCUGGCGGAGAACGCGGUGGCCAUGGCGCAAGGACAGCAUGGCGGCUGGGAGCCGCACGCGUGGGAGGGGAUCGAGAUGUGCAUCGACGAGCUGGUGGGGCGGGGCAUCAAGGUCGUGGUGGAUGGCGGGGCGUUGAAUCCUCGGGGCUUGGCGGAGAAGGUGUGGGAGCUGGUGAAGCAGAAGGGGUAUGCGGAGCGGUGUCGGGUGGCGUGGGUCGAGGGGGAUGAUCUGUUGGAGGAGGUCAAGGCUGGGGUCGCGCGGGGUGAAGUGGUUGCGCAUCUGGAUGAGGGGAAUCAGGAGAUCAAGGAGCGGCUUCCGGGGAAUGUCAAGGAUUUCCUGGCUAAGGAGGGUGGGGGGCCGAAGGAGGUGGUGAGUGCCAACGCGUAUCUGGGCGCUCGAGCUAUACGACGGGGUUUGGAGGAGGGAGCGGAUGUUAUCAUCUGUGGAAGAGUGGCGGAUGCAAGUCCUGUCAUUGGUGCUGCAUGGUACUGGUAUGGUUGGGCCGAGGAUGACUGGGAGCGACUCGCCGGUGCGUUGGUUGCGGGGCAUCUCAUUGAAUGUUCGAGUUACGUGACAGGAGCAAACUUCUGCGGGUUUGAUGAGUACGACUUUGAGAAGCUGAUGAUCGACCUGCCGUUCGGGAUCGUGGAAAUCGAGAGAGACGGCACCUGUGUUGUGACGAAGCAUGAGGGAACCAACGGCAUAGUGAACGUCGACGUGGUGAAGUGUCAGUUCCUAUAUGAGCUGCAAGGGCGAAUUUAUCUCAACAGCGACGUGACGGCCGACUGCCAGGACAUUAAGAUCGAAGCAGCCGGCAAAGAUAGGGUUCGUGUGAGCGGCAUCAAAGGUGCCCCACCGCCCCCUACCACCAAGCUGGCAAUCUUCUACAAAGGCGGCUAUGAGAGCCAGAUGCUCUACAACGCAGCAGGGUACGCGACGGCUGAGAAGUACCGCCUACUUGAGACCAAUCUUCGUCACCAACUGAAAAGCAAAGGACUUCACGACACUUUCCAGCUCCUAGAAUUCCAGCGCCUUGGUGUGCCCGAACCCAAUCCUCGCAGUCAGCACGCCAGCACCACCUACCUGCGCGUCUUCUCGCAAGCAGACACGGCCGAGGCUCUUUACGCUCUUCUCAAAAGCUUUCAGGAGAUCGGCAUGCAACACUACAGUGGCUUGCACCUGAGUCUCGACACGCGCACCGCGAUCCCGAGGCCGUACCUUGCCUUCUACCCGGGAAUCUUGCCGCAGGACAACCUCAAAGAGACCGUGUCAAUUCUCUCCCCAGACAGGAAGCCUCGGACCUUCGAGGCUGGGCACCCGCCGACCUACCAAUCUCUCAGCCCGCGUGAGAGCUAUGAAACGGCAGAUCCGCAAGACCUUGCCUCCUUCGGGCCCACCACCCGUGCUCGUCUUGGCGACGUCGUGCUGGCGCGCUCGGGCGACAAAGGCGCCAACAUCAACGCUGGCUUCUUCGUGCGGCGUGCCGCGCACUAUCCAUGGCUGCAGAGCUUCCUGACCAUCCCGAAACUGCAGGAGCUGAUGGGGGAGGAUUGGCGCGCCGAGUACGUCAUCGAGCGGGUCGAGUUCAAAGAGCUGUGGGCGGUGCACUUUGUGAUUUACGGGCCAUUGGGACGGGGUGUGAGCAGUUGCCGACUCCUGGACAGUCUGGGGAAAGGGUUCGCGGACUACGUGCGCGACAAGGUUGUGGAUGUUCCCAAGUCGAUACUGGAUGAGAUGGGAGAUGUGCGGAGAGAACGGCUGGCGAGGCUGUGA